AAAUGGCGUCCUGAUGAGAGGCUCUUACUGUUGGCUUUUAAAAUUUAUUGAAAACUGUAUUCUUAUCAAGGUUUCUUACAAUCCAAUCAAUUAUGCAGCAACCAAAGAUAGCUGUAGAUGCAUUUGGUCCUAGAGAACGUCAAGUGCUCAUAACACUUUUAAAGUUUACARUUGGUAUGGUUGUAGUUCCUAUUAGUGCUUUCUUUUUUUCGAAAUGGAUGAUUUUUGAAGGAUUUCUGGGUUAUGCCAAUGGUGCAAUAGGGGCAGCAAUAAUCACCGUCAUCAUAAUACAUAUCAUCAUCUCAAUGUAUAUUGUUGUUGCUAUAAGAGAAGAGCCAGUCAAAAAACAAGAAUAACAAUGUUAUUGGUGUACUAUAAUCAAAAUAUUUAAAGAGUUCUUAUUGGAGGAGAUUCUGCAAGCAAGACAUAAGACUUGACUGAUGCCCCAUUUAAGAAAAUGACCAAAUAGCUCUACACAUUCAGUAAAAUWGGGUGUAGGAAUUAUAACCUUGAACUGAUAAACUAAGUAGAUAAUAAUAGAGUAGUUUAUGGUGUUUUAUGAUAGCAAUGAUAAUAAUUUUGUCUUAUAAAAUAUACUGUUAAUUUGGAUCAUUUGUAUAGAAUUAUUGAAAGCACAUUUACAACACGGCAUUCUAUGGAUAAAGUGCCAGGAUGAAAUCAAAUUCUUCAUACAGUGCGGCUACUGAAACUGGGGCCACCUAGAGAAUGUAAAAUAAUCACAAUUUCCAUUGAAAACAAGGCUUAAAAAGCUAAAAAACGAUGAUCAGUGAUAUUUCAAAGAACUAAAGCUUAAUGAGAUGAGGUUUCCUUAGUCUGAAUCCUUUGUUUUCAAUCUAAAUUGUGGGAUUUUAUAUUCUCUAGGUGGCCCCGGUUUCAGUAGCCGCACUGUAAAUCUAUCCUAGUAGAAUAAGGAAACUUUAAUGACAUUUUAGAGGUUAGUCAGAGAAAAAUGAUGAAGUCAUUUGAAACAUUAGUUCUACCUUGGUUCCACUUAUUUUUUACAAUAUAUGAUUAUUUACUAUUUKAAAACAAUUGCUUCAUUGGCAGCACAGAUAAAACUCUCAGUAGAAUUGUGCUUUCCAUGAUUACUCAAUCAGAAACACUGAUUUUGACUCRUGCUAUAACUUCUGAUAUUUUUUAGUUUAAAUCCAUAGUAAUGAAUUAUAGAUUAUUUUAGAUGACUUGACUUGAAGGCAAAAGAAUCUCAUCAUCUUCACUAUCAGAAGCAAUUUGAAAGCGGUACAUAGGUGUCUGUAAAAGAGUAAAACAAAGAUUGAAUUAUUCAUGUUUGAAGUGGUUCAUUUAUCCUGGUUGUAUUUGAUAUUUUAGAUGAACCAAUAGACUUUUCUGUCCCAAAAUAAAUAGGGAACAAAAACCUCAAUAGAGCAGAUUUCGUGGAUUAUCCCUUAUGAGGGAUAGGGUGGAUGGUUUUGUCUGUUCACUGUAGAUUUUUGCCUUGCAGGAAAUUUAGCUUUAAAAAAUCUUUCCCCCCAACCCACCUUCAAAUGUUUACUGGUUAGCCCCUAACUUUAGGUUGUGCUGUCGUCUGUGACAAACCUUUUAUACAUACCAAGUUAUAAUAACAGUAUUAUAAGAAUUAUGAAUAAAAUAAGAAUUUAUGUCAAUUAGUAGUACAUUUUUACCUUGUUAUCUUGUUGUUUGAGGUGCUUGUAAAAUGAAAACACGCAUAAAACACAGUACAUCUAAAAUAAAUGGAUAAAAAAUAUAUUUAUGAAAAUAAARCAGGGAARUCAA